GCGCAUUUGCGAUGGAGGUCUGAACCCUCUCGCUUCGCCGGCGACGAAGCUCAACCCCGCCGUCGACGCCAUGGCGCAGUCCUUGCUCCGGAGCUUGCUUCGGAACCGCAACGCCGCUCGCCUCUCUUCCAUUCUCACCCGUGCUUCAUCCCUUCACUCUCCGUCCCCACUCCGCUAUCUCUCGCAAUUGCAAAACCCUUGUCAUGGAGCUCUGGUCCGGCUUCCAUGGCUCCAUAGCUCCUCCGCCUUCUUCUGUGAUGAUGCAACACCUCGUAAACCCAAGCCCAAGCCGUUGAAGAAAUCAAAGAUCGAUUUCACGAAGAUCGACCCGGAUCUCCUCCCCACCGUCAUCCUCGUCGGUCGUCCCAAUGUCGGCAAGUCCGCUCUCUUUAACCGCUUGAUACGGCGGAGGGAGGCGUUGGUUUAUAACACGCCGGAUGAUCAUGUCACUCGGGAUAUUCGCGAGGGGAUUGCGAAGCUCGGCGACCUGCGGUUCCGCGUGCUCGAUUCUGCCGGCCUAGAGACCGCCGCCACUUCGGGGAGCAUUCUAAGUAGAACCACGGAGAUGACGGGCGGCGUCAUUGCUAGGUCCCAGUUCGCCAUCUUCUUGAUCGAUGUUCGGGAUGGAUUGCAACCUCUAGACGUUGAAGUUGGGCAAUGGAUGAGGAAGCAUGCGCCGGGGAUACGCAUUAUUGUGGCGAUGAAUAAGUCGGAGUCCCUGGAUGAACAGGGCCUCAUCACUGCUGCGGCUGGUGAAGCUCAGGGUUUGGGCUUUGGUGAUCCUGUUGCUAUAUCGGCCGAGACUGGGCUUGGCAUGGCGGAGCUUUAUGAGAUUCUUCGCCCAUUGCUUGAGGAUUAUGUUCUCCAGAGUCCUAGUGAUGAGCAAAUUCAAGAUGAUACUCCAUUAGAGACUGAAGAGAGCAAGUUGCCCUUGCAGCUGGCCAUUGUUGGACGUCCCAAUGUUGGAAAGUCAACAAUGCUUAAUGCAUUGUUGCAGGAAAACAGGGUUUUGGUUGGACCAGAGGCUGGCUUGACAAGAGAUUCAAUAAGAGCUCAGUUCAAAUUUCAAGAGCGCACUGUUUACCUGGUUGAUACUGCAGGGUGGCUGCACAGAUCGGGGAAAGAGAAAGGACCAUCAUCCCUAAGUGUGGUGCAAUCAAGGAAAAAUCUUAUGAGGGCACAUAUUAUAGCUUUGGUGCUUGAUGGACAUGAGAUUGCACAAACCAAGAGUAGCUUAAAACAUGAUGAGGUAGUUAUAGCAAGAAGGGCAAUAGAAGAAGGUCGUGGACUGGUUGUUAUUGUGAACAAAAUGGAUCUUCUCCGAGGGUCCAGUUUAUUUGAGAAGGUUAUUGAUGCUGUUCCCAAAGAAAUACAGACAGUCAUACCUCAGGUCACAGGUGUACCAGUUAUGUUUGUUUCUGCAUUGGAGGGAAGGGGUCGGGUAGCUAUCAUGCAUCAAGUCGUGGAUACAUACCAAAAGUGGUGCUCGAGAUUGUCAACAGCACGUCUUAACCGUUGGUUGAGGAAGGUUAUGAGCAGGCACUCCUGGAAGGACCAAGCCACUCAGCCAAAGAUCAAAUACUUCACUCAGGUCAAAGCUCGCCCACCUACUUUUGUGGCUUUUGUGAGCGGUAAGACGCAGCUUUUAGAUACAGAUAUGAGAUUUCUGAUGAAAUCUCUGAAAGAAGACUUCAAUUUGGGAGGAAUACCGAUACGUAUCAUGCAAAGGUCUGUGCCUAGGAAGGCAAUUGGCAACAGCUCUGGCAACCACCCACCUGCCAAGGUGAAAGUAAGAGUUAAAUCAGAUAAAAGAACUGCUAACACUGAACCUGCUCCUUCCUAAUUUACAAGCUUCUUAGCUUACAAAGAGAGAAAGCAUUGUUUUCCAAAGCUGUCUAUUACCAUCAAGCAAGCUUCAAUGAAAUCGAAUCCAUUGGAGGCACGCUAAACAUCUUUAUGGUUACAUAAAGGAAGAAGUCAUGAGGUAUGAUCUUUUAUUGAACUAUAAAUAUUACCCAUGAAUCUACACAACAGUUGCAUUUUUGCCUUUCUACCGGCUCUUCGAACUUUUGGCAUCAAUACUUGCCUUCUGAUAUCAUUUUCUGUUCUGUGCACAUAAUUUGAAGCUUUAAGUUUGCUGCUAAACUUUGCAAAAGGAAACAGUAUUUACUUAGCAAGCCCAUAGGGGAUAUGGCUCUA